AUGUCAACACUCGAUUCACACCUCAUAAAUUUCUAUAUCAACGCCAUCAAAAAGCCGAAAAUCAAAAUCGAAAUUAACGAGAUAUCCGUUCCGAAUGACCUGCUGCUCCCGAAAUUCCCCAAUUUCCAUAGGAAAACCGGCGAAAAAAACACUAACGAGAAACGUCCGGAUUUCCCGCUACCUGUUCGCGAUCUUUUCCCAAAUAAAUUACGCCCGGAAAGCGACGAGACAAAAGCCGAGUCGCGGGGAGUCCCCGGUCAUUUGUCGCCCGCCACCUUUAAUUUCGAUUCGAGUUAUUUACGUCGACAAGUGCUCGGGUUUCGGGGGCCGUUCGUGAUAGUAUGGAAAAGGGGCACCACCCUCGUCAGCGCGGGCCAGCAAUUGAUCAGCAUGGAUCCGAGGAUAUCCCUGAUCGGAUACAAUUUACAGCUAAAGGACAUCAGGCACGCGGAUCAAGGAGAUUACACUUGCCAGAUCGGCGAUGGUUCCCAGGGGGAUCUCAUCCACACCAUCGAGAUAUUGAGUAAGUGA